GCUGCCACAGUCAACACUGACACUCCUGAACCAUGAAGACCCUGAUCAUUGUUGCCGCCCUGGCCGCCUUUUGCUUGGUGGCCACAAGCGCUGCUCCUGCUCCAGAUGCUGAGCCCGGUUACCUAGGUGUCCAUGGAGGCUUCGGCCGAGGUCUCGGCUUUGGUGGCUUCAGGGGAGGAUAUGGUGGAGGAUAUGGAGGCUACGGUGGAGGAUAUGGAGGCUACGGGGGAGGAUAUGGAGGCUACGGACUCUACGGUCGUAGGAAGAGGAGCGCUGAGCCUGCUGCUGAGCCUGAAGCUGAACCCGGUUACUUUGGCGGCUAUGGAGGUAUCGGCCGAGGCUUUGGAGGAUAUGGAGGCUUUGGUGGAGGCUACGGAGGCUACGGAGGCUACGGAUACUAUGGCUGAACAUCAGUUAUUGUUAACUGAUAAACUUAAUUGAUUACACCAAUAACAAUUCUAAUUAAUAUAAAUAUAUAAAGAAUCAAA